GGGCGUAUUCCUCUCUCUUUCCUCAACCUCAUCCGAGUGGCUCUCCGUGUGCUGUGGCGGCGGCGGCGCCCGGCUCUGCUCGGACGGACUCCACCGAAGGCUCGGCUCCCCUCGGACUCCACCUGCGACGGCCGGCCCUCUGCCUGCACCGACGGUGCCCGGCUCCCUCGGCAUCCACCAGCGGUGCCCGACUCCAAGAAAUGUACAAGUCACGGCUGCAGGAGCUGUGCCAGAAGCGGCGAUGGGCGCCGCCGUUGUACGAGCCUACCCGAGAGGGUCCUGCCCACGCGCCCCUCUUCCGCGCCACUGUCGUCGUGAAUGGCGAGAGGUUCAGUUCCCGGGAUGAAGGGGAGAAGUCACUCAAGGAGGCGUACAACCUCGCGGCGAUGGCCGCCUUCGACAACCUCAUCGCGCUCCCGGCCGCGGCCCUUGCCCCUGCCCCGGCUGCUCCAGCGCCGCCCUCAUCCGAGACCCAGCUUCCUUACAAGAGUCAGUUACAAAUUUAUGCUCAGAAGCGAGGCAAACUCCUGCCUUCAUAUCGUCCCAUUCAUGGAGGUUCUCUUCAUGCACCUCUAUUUAAGUCAGAAGUAACCAUAGAUGGUCAAACAUUUGAGAGCCCAGAGUACUGUCACACAAUGAAGGAAGCUGAAACAGUUGCUGCAAAAGUUGCUCUGAUGUCCUUACCUCAAGAAGCAAACCCAACACAGCAAUUACUGCUUCCAUCUGUAAACUAUAAGAAUCUUCUACAAGAACUAGUUCAGAAGGAAGGCUUUCCCUUGCCUAUCUAUAAUACAGCCUCGGAUGUCUCGAACUAUUCUGCUGCCUUCGUAUCAACUGUGGAAAUCCAUGGUGUAACUUUUCAUGGAAAGCCAGGGAACACCAAAAAGCAAGCAGAGAUGAAUGCUGCAAAGUCUGCUUUUGAACAUUUCAAAAACAUAAAUCAUGAUGCUGGAUCAUCUGGCUCUGCUAACCCACUUCCUGUUGCCGCUACAAAACAGUCUGUUGAUGGAAACACUCUACGUGCAAAGCUGGAAGUUAACAAAUCACACCUUGCAGAGCCAAGCACAGAAGUUGAAGCAAUAUAUUCAUCUACAGAAGUUGACAAACUGCCACUUCCAGGGCCAAGCAUGGAUAUCGAAGUAAUGGACUCAACUCUUGAAGUUGACAAACUGCCCCUUCCAGAGCGAAGCAUGGAUGUUAAAGUUGUGAAUUCGUCUCUGAAAGUUGACAAACUGCACUUUGCAGAGCCAAUCACAGAAGCUGAAGUGAUCCACUCAUCUCUGCAAGUUGAUGAACCGCUCAUUCCAAAGCCAGGCAUGAGCUCAUCUCUAGAGAACACACCUGCUGUGAAUGGCCACUCAGCCCCCAUAUCCCCAACCAUUACUCCUACUCUAAUAAGCGUGCCAACAGCAACCAUGCCUGUCAGCAAUGACAGAUGCGGUUGCUACAUGUCAACCAACAGAAUCCAAGUCUACCCUCGCCACACUGAUAUGGUUAUCCCGGAAGGCGCGGCCGUGCUUCCCAUCAGCGAUAAUCAGUGGGUAGCUGUCAGCCUACCUUAUUCCAUGGAACAAAGGUGAGACAAACCCAGGGAGACAAAACCAUCCAUAAAUAACUAAAUAUCUUAUGCAAAUAAUAUCUCUGAACCCCACGUUAUAAGUUUACUGGAUUUGGGUUUCAAAAUAAUAUCUCUGGGAUUGCUCACACCGGGAAAAUGCAGGGAUUUCUGUUGCCGUAAUCCGGACUGCCACUUAGGAAGAUAAAAGCAGACAAAAGGAUGGAUGCUUUGUGAUGAUUAUAUAGCUUGUGAUGCUGAGCAUUGCCCGUGAUGUACUAAAAUCUAGUGUAACAAGACUGCCUUGCGCUGGACUACGAUUAGUGUCCCUAAUGCGGAGACUUGUGUGACUCCUAUUGUAUCUAGAUUAAGCUGUACUUGUUUGACUAUGUGCGGAAGUCUUGAGUUACACUCCUAUAGUAGAGGACUUGAACUCUGGAUGGACCAUCCGCAACAUUUAUCAUGAUCAGACUUUUUUCAU